GGCCACACUUCUUCUCCUUCAUCAAGGAUGUGCUUUGGUUCCAGUGAUCACAGUUCAUCUUGGUGAAGCAGUAACCCUUACAUGUGAUUUGCAUGAUGGUGGAUUCAGACGUGGUAAACUGUUCUGGUACAGGCAAACUGUGGGAAAUACUCUUAAACUAGUUGGAACAUUUGUGAGUACGGACCCCACGUACGGACCAGAUUAUUCUGACUCAAGAAUUAAAAUUGUACGUACUGACAAAAUGAGCAACCUGACCAUUUUAAAAACCGUUCAAGAUGACGAAGGAAUGUAUCACUGUGCUCUCACCGACUGGAAUGAAAAUGUUUGGCAUGGCACCUACUUGUUAAUAAAAGGAAACAAUGUGGGGACAUCAAACUACAGAGUAGUUCAGAGCUCCACGGUAUCAGAUUCCCUCCAUCCAGUUGAGUAUGUGACUCUACAGUGUUCGGUCCUCUCAGACUUUGAGAGCAAGACUUCUUCAGGAGAUCUCAGUGUCUUCUGGUUCAGAUCAAAUACGUCUGACACAGAUAUCAUCUACAUUGAAGGAAACAAAACGGAAAAAUGUCAGAAGAAAAUUGAUCACACUAGAUGUGUAUAUAACUUCUCUAAGAACAUCAGCUCCUCUGAUGCUGGGACAUAUUAUUGUGCUGUGGCCACAUGUGGAGAGAUUCUGUUUGGAAAUGGAACUAACCUGGGAAUUCAUGGAUCCACCUGGUCACCGGAGUCCAUCAAAGUUAUUUAUUCACUUUCUGCAGUCUUAGUUAUAAGUCUGAUUGGUAUGGCUGUCCUCGCAAGCUCCAUCAAUGGGUUCAAAUGUGGACAUUGUCAAGAGUCCGGUAAGGUGCAGGGAAACUGUGGUCAGACUAGGCAACAGAGGGAUGAAGACAGAGCGAUGUAUUCUGCUGCCAUCUUCACCAUGAUGAAAACUGACAACAAGAAAUCAGCAGAGAGAAAGAUGAUGUUUGCUGCAGUUAAAGCCUUUGGCCUUUAAGAAAAUGUUCUUCAACCUUGGUGCUGAUUGAUCCAAUUCACGGCUGUUUUGAACUGUACAUUA